CCUCCGUGCCGCGGGGCGGCGCUGCCGGCUGCCGGGCUGUGGACGCUGCUGGAAGAUGGCGGUGCGGAAGAAAGAUGGAGGCCCAAAUGUGAAAUACUUCGAGUCGUCCGACACGGUGUCGCAGUUCGACAACGUGCGGGUGUGGCUGGGGAAGAAUUACAAGAAGUACAUCCAAGCAGAGCCACCAACUAACAAGUCUCUCUCUAGCCUGGUUGUUCAGCUGCUGCAGUUCCAGGAAGAGGUGUUUGGGAAACAUGUAAGCAAUGCACCACUCACCAAAUUGCCAAUGAAAUGCUUUCUAGAUUUCAAAGCAGGUGGAGCUCUGUGCCAUAUUCUUGCUGCUGCUUACAAAUUUAAGAGCGACCAAGGAUGGCGACGCUUUGAUUUUCAGAACCCCUCCCGCAUGGACCGCAAUGUUGAAAUGUUUAUGACAAUCGAAAAGACUCUGGUUCAGAACCACUGCUUGUCUCGGCCCAACAUUUAUCUAAACUCGGAAAUUGAACCCAAGUUGCUAAGCAAACUGAAAGACAUUAUUAAGAGACACCAGGGCACUGUUACCGAGGACAAGUCAAAUGCAUCACACAUUGUUUACCCGAUUCCUGGCAGUUUGGAAGAUGAAGAGUGGGUGAGGCCAAUAAUGAAAAGGGAGAAGCAGGUCCUACUACACUGGGGAUAUUGCCCCGACAGUUACGAUACAUGGAUUGCAGCCAGUGAAAUUGAGGCAGCAGUUGAGGACCCUCCACCAAUUGAACGGCCACGGAAGGUCCAUGCUAAGUGGAUAAUGGAUACUGACACCUUCAACGAAUGGAUGAAUGAGGAAGAUUAUGAGGUGAAUGAUGACCGAUCCCCUGUUGUACGAAGGAAAAGAAUUUCCGCCAAAACGUUAACGGAAGAGGUGCACAGCCCUGACUCGGAUAGAAGAGAUAAGAAGGGGAGCGCUCAUAAAAAGAGGAAACGUUCCCCGUCUCCUUCUCCGACACCUGACCCCAAGAAAAAGAACACCAAGAAAGGACGCAGUCCUGCCACACCAUAUGCCAAGUCAAAGCGAGGACAUCGAGAGGAGGACCAAGAGGAUCUGACCAAGGACAUGGAUGAACCUUCUCCUGUCCCCAACGUAGAAGAGGUCACACUACCGAAAAGUGUGAAUACAAAGAAAGAUUCCGAGUCGGCUCCAGUGAAAGGUGGAACGAUGACUGAUCUAGGUAAGGUGAGGACUUUACCAACAGUGUUGAAAGUGAAUUGUGCUUUCCUGCUCCAGGAUGAGGAAGAUGUUUCCACUGGGAACAAAGGGGAACAGACCAAAAAUCCUGAGCUGCAUGAAGACAAUGUUACAGAGCAGACUCACCAUAUCAUCAUACCCAGCUAUGCAGCAUGGUUUGACUACAACAGUGUCCAUGCAAUUGAGCGCAGAGCUCUCCCAGAAUUCUUCAAUGGAAAAAAUAAAUCCAAGACCCCGGAGAUUUACCUUGCCUAUCGUAAUUUCAUGAUUGACACGUACCGUCUGAAUCCACAGGAGUACCUCACGUCAACAGCAUGUCGUCGUAAUCUGGCAGGAGAUGUCUGUGCAAUAAUGAGGGUACAUGCUUUCCUUGAGCAAUGGGGACUUAUUAAUUACCAGGUGGAUGCAGAGAGUCGACCGACACCUAUGGGCCCCCCCCCAACGUCGCAUUUCCACGUCCUGGCAGAUACACCUUCUGGACUGGUGCCUCUUCAGCCCAAAGCUCCACAGACAUCUGCAUCCCAGCAAAUGCUUAAUUUCCCGGAUAAGAACAAAGAGAAGACUCCUGAUAUGCAGAACUUUGGACUACGUACAGAUAUGUAUGCAAAGAAAAAUAUUCCCAAGAGUAAAGCAGCUGCUAGCGCUACCCGAGAGUGGACUGAGCAGGAGACACUUUUACUACUUGAGGCACUAGAGAUGUACAAGGAUGAUUGGAACAAAGUCUCAGAACAUGUAGGCAGUCGCACACAGGAUGAAUGCAUCUUGCAUUUUUUGCGUUUACCCAUAGAAGAUCCCUACCUUGAAGACUCGGAGGCUUCACUAGGUCCAUUGGCUUUUCAGCCAAUUCCAUUCAGCCAGUCUGGUAAUCCUGUCAUGAGCACUGUGGCAUUCCUGGCCUCGGUUGUGGAUCCUCGUGUUGCAUCCGCAGCUGCUAAAUCUGCAUUAGAGGAGUUCUCAAAGAUGAAGGAGGAAGUCCCCUCUGCUCUGGUGGAAGCUCAUGUAAAGAAAGUAGAAGAUGCUGCUAAGGUUACUGGGAAGGCAGACCCAACAUUUGGUCUGGAGAGCAGCGGAAUUGCAGGAACUACCCAAGAUGAACCAGAGAAGUCGGAGGAAGGCAGUGAUGAAAUGAAGUCAGAUGCCCAAUCAGCAGACGAGAAAAAAGAAUCAAAGGACAAGGAGAUAGCAGGAGAAGAUGAAAAUAAAGAGAAACAACCUGACACUUCCAAAAAGGAGGAAGACAAAGGAAAAGAAUGUGAACCAGAGAAAGAAAAUGAAAAGGCUGAGGUAGAAGUAGCAGACACGGAGAGAGAGAAAGAAAAUAAAGAAUUCCAGGAUGAAGGAGCAAAGAAGGACGGAGAAUCAGAAGCCGAUAAGAAAACUAAAUUGGAACGGGAUGUUGGUGAAGGGAACUUAUCAACAGCAGCAGCAGCGGCACUGGCUGCAGCUGCAGUCAAAGCAAAGCACCUUGCUGCAGUGGAGGAGCGGAAAAUCAAAUCACUGGUUGCCCUGCUUGUGGAAACACAGAUGAAGAAACUGGAAAUCAAGCUCCGCCAUUUUGAAGAACUUGAGACCAUAAUGGACAGGGAAAGGAGAGGCUGUAAGUAGCUGUGCCGUCUGGAGUACCAGAGGCAACAGCUUCUCUCAGACAGACAGGCCUUCCACAUGGAGCAGCUGAAGUAUGCUGAGAUGCGGGCUCGGCAGCAGCACUUUCAACAAAUGCAUCAACAGCAGCAGCAACAACAUCAACUCCCAUCGGGGCCUCAGGCCAGCCAGCAGCCUGCUGUCAUUCCUGCAUCUGUGCAACCCGUGCCACCUGCUGCAAUUCAGCAGGGAACUCUGAGCCAAGCUUCAGGAGAUUCCAUAGCACAGUCCAUUUCACAGCCACAGCAAACACCACCAACGCAGCCGCCACCACCGCAGCAGCAGCAGCAACAGCAGCAGCAACAGCAGCAACAGCAGCAACAGCAGCAACAGCAACAACAGCAGCAGGCUCAACCUCCAGCUCUUCCCCACGGCCAGCCUCCAUUUCCAGGUCAACAAACUCCGAACCAACUGAUGCCCAGUAACAUGCCUGUUGGCAUGCCUACGAACAUGUCUGGUAAUAUGGCUGCUGGUAUACCUUGUGUGGUACCAGCCAAUGUUGCAUGUAGCAUGGGUAGUGCCAUCACAGAAAACAUCCCAGUUAAUCUUCCUACUUGCAUGCCAAACCCAGUGCAUGAUAAUAUAUCCAGUAGCAUGUCUGCGGUUGUUCCUGACAACAUUGGUACAGUGCCUGUAGAUCUGCCUGAUUCUUUACAUCCUAACAUACCAGGAAACAUCAACACAGGCUCCAUGUCUCUUGCAUCCACACCAGGGUCGGCAGCAGCUCAAAGCCCUGCUAUUGUAGCUGCCACAAGCCCACUGGCAGAGCAAGGAGCUCCAAUGCAGACAGAGUUGAUGACUACCCCAGCAGCACCAGUCCCUCCGUCACAGUGAUGUGAAACAUUUGAGCAGGACAAAGCAUUCAAGUGUGAGGAGCAGCUUGAGUGGCUGUGCUGCGAUAUUCUCUUUCUCAAGUUUAAUUUGGUUAAAAAUAGCAAUUCUGAUCCUUAACGGAGGUGAUUCUGAUGUCAGUAUUGUUCGAGGUAAUGUGUGCACAUAGUGUCACCAUAUUACAUAGACCAUUGUAAAACACAUUGUAUAAUCUACUAUAUUGUUGAUGAUACUGUCACUUUGAACAGCAUCUGACAACUUUUGAGAGUCACUCGUUUUUAUUGCAAAUAUACCAAACUGUCAUCAGAAGAUUUGGGUGAGCAUGCCCAUAUUCCCUGUUCAAUGAAUAGUUGACUGUUGCUAUUUACUUUGUUUUGUCCUUUGUGAAAUAUCUUUUUGUGCCAAUUUGGGGGGGGGGGAAUUUCACGUUGAGAAUAUAAUAGCCAGCUGUGGAAUAUUUUUUAUUUAGUUCUUGCUUUACAAUCAGCAGCUUGCUUCUUAGGUAUUCCUGUCCAAGGUCCUUAUUCAUUUACUAAGUGUGCUAAUAUAGACAGGCUGGGCUAAGCCACGUUGGAAGCCUGUUUUGUCCAUAUGAACGUCAAGGCUUUGUCUUUCGUUUUGAUUCAAAAUCGCAAAAUCAUUGUGGUAGAGUGUGAGUUGAAGGAUGGGUUUUAGGCUUUAAGCAUCUCAUUCCAGUCCUGUUUCCAUGCCUUGUGACUUCAGAAGGAUAAUUUAGCUUCUUUUGAUAUUAAAUGACUGAAUGUAUCAGUGUUUUGUUUUUGAUAACAAUUAUUUCAGUAGUAAAGAAUUCUAGAUUGUUACAUGUGCCAUUAGGAUCCUCUGGCAGACAGCAGCAUUGCUUCACACUAAUGCCUCAUCAUUUUCUUCCACAUAAUGAUAAAUAGAACCCGGACUUUGAAACGUAAUUGUCGGGAGAGCACCCAUGAAAAUCUUCCGAGGCCCUUACCUUGUCACUCUGUCCUUGAGUGUCCUAAACACCAGCCGGAGCUCAGAUCAAGGCAAAUCACGAAAGCUGUGUGGAGCAGCAAAGGAUGCAAGCAGCCUCCUGAUGUUGCAGCGUUUGUGUUGUGAUGUGUUCCACAUUAACAACGAGCCCAACUCCGCUCAGUACGGGAUCUUGUGGGCUUUCCAUUGCAGGUAUCAUUUCACCAAUUGUUGAGGAGAGGGGUUACUGAGUCGGUCAUCGUUCAAAUCCUGCUUUUGUAUUGCGAGCAGCAUUUAACAAUUUAAGCUGAUCCUUUAAGGAGUAGCAUAAAGCAAUAUCCCAUUAGUACUUGGGCCUCACUUGGUACUAAUAUUUUCUCAAAAUGCAGUUACGUGACUCUGUCUUACACUCCACCGCCACUGCUCAUUAUAUGAUUAGUGCUCCAAGAUUCCUUGUCAUUUUGUGUGGAAUGUUUUUUGACAAAAAUACUUGAAUAUGGUUUUCUUUCAGUUUUGUUUUUGAAACAAUAUUUGACGUCAUGCUGGACCUGUUUUGUAUGCUCCUCUGACAUGACAUGACAGUUAAUGGUUUAAACCCGUACAGAUGCAUCCAAUAACUUUCCCCCUUUAUAAAUAUGCAAGCAUAUGUACUCACACAAAGGCGUACAAACAUGCACAUGGUGGCACACACACACUCACUUGCGGCAAACACACAAAGGGCAAACGCAAGGAUGCACAUGCGUGCAUGCACACAGACAGACAGACAGACAAAUGCAAUUUAAAAAGUAUAUAUUUUUAUAGGUUAGAACAUUCUGUAAGUGCAGCUUUCCAUUUUUAUUUGUUUUCUGGGAUAGGUAGUUCUUUGCUUGUAAAAAUGUAAUCAUUCCCCUGUUGGAUGCAGUUACUGAAGCAUUUCAUCAAUCCUUUGAGAUGUUAUUGGCAUUGUUAUGGUAGAACUGCUAGCAUUGCCGUGAAUGCACAAGAACGAGAUCGGCUUGGCACACCUUGGCCAAUAUUCACUCAAUUGCUGAAUGUUCUCCUUGUACAAGAGAAGGAUGACCUGCGUGCCACACUGUGGAAAGGAGUAAAUAUCUUAUAAUAGAUUUCAGCCCCUUCCAGCGCUGGUUUUACAUUGGAUAUAUUUUCAUUGCUCUACUGGAUAGUAGUCACAGUAAUACUAACAGUCAUUUCCAGUCUGGUGCCAGAAAUUCGUUAAAUGAAAGCCCUCAACUGCCAUGUGCUUCUGGUCUGUUUGUAAUUCUAAAGAAAAAUUCUAGAGCUGUAGGAAAAUAGAAAGUAUUCUAAGUGUUGGGAAGAUUGCCACAAUCGAUGUUAUCCACUGAGUUUGGGCAAGAAAUGCUGGCUAUGUGAGCAGGUUUACAGAUUAGAACUUUAGGAGUCGACUGGAGCCCCCGUCAUCGACUCCUAAAGUUCUUAUCUGUAAACCUGCUCAUAUAGCCAGCAUUUCUUGCCCAAACUCAGUGGAUAACAUCGAUCCAGUUACAAGCAAAUAUGAAAUGCUGUGUUGCACCCCCCAAGCACUGAAAGCCAGCUCAUCUUAUUUGACUCGUACCAUUGCUGAAACUACUUUGCAAAACCAAAAAUCCUGGAAUUUCAAAAACCGAAUCAGUAGGGUUGAAACUGCCAACGGUGAGGGCUUCUCUCUGCAGCUGAUGGGGCGAGAAACUGGUCGUGUCCAACACCCAGGCUGAGAUUCAAUAAACAGGCAACGGAAUACAUGUUGGACAAUCUUGUCCCCUCCAUCAAGGCAGUCUUGUUCUUUAUCCUUUUUCCAGUUAAUAAUAUCAAACAAUUUUAGUUGCAACUGUAAAAUGACUAUUGCUGGACAGUAAGCAAAGUUCUAUUUUGCCAAAUGUGGAGUCAUUUCCACAGUAACAUCGCCUGAUGGUAACUUCCAGUAAUAAACCCGUGUGUUUCCCAAUUCACUUCUUCCACCCGUUUUAAUGAUCAACGUGCCUGUUGACUGAAUAAUCGAUGUCAAUCUUCAUUCAUGGCCUCAAGCAGUUGUGUAAGGGGAGACAUUGUGAAGGUUGGCCACUGUGUGCUCUGAUCAUUGUUGUUGUCCCUGUGGCCCACUCCGCACUGCCUAGUAAAAAAGCAAAGCCGUGCAAGGUGUAGUAUGUUACUGUUAGCUUUUAUUUCUCGUCCGUUGAUGGCCAUUUCCUACAUGCCUAAUUUGGCAGGUACACUUAGUAGAACAAUAGCAAAAAUCAUGUAGACUGGAGAUCCGAAUUCAAAGCAGAAAGUGCUGAAAAAAAUCAGCAUCUGUAUUAACGUCUUGGGAUCAGAAUGGUUUGACCUAGAUUAUUAAGUUACUCCCCACAGAGGUUGCCUUAACGGCACAAUAUUUGCAGCACAGUCUGGUUUUGUUUCAGAUGGUGGCGCACUUAAUUUUGAGUUUGAUGAUUGUGAACUGAUCUCACCCCUGGUGUGAGCAUAGAAGUCUUGGAUGAUAUUCUAUUGGAGUAUUGAAGGAAUGAUGGGGGGGGGCUUCCCACUUAUUCUGCACCUUUCAUAGAAACAUAGUAAAUAGGUGCAGGAGUAGAGGCCAUUCGGCCCUUCGAGCCAGCACCAUUCACCAUUCAAUGUGAUCAUGGCUGAUCAUCCAACUCAGUAUCCCAUCCCUGCCUUCUCUCCAUACCCCCUGAUCCCCUUAGCCACAAGGGCCACAUCUAACUCCCUCUUAAAUAUAGCCAAUGAACUGUGUGUGGCCUCAACUACCUUCUGUGGCAGAGAAUUCCACAGAUUCACCACUCUCUGUGUGUGUGAAAAAAAUGUUUUCUCAUCUCGGUCCUAAAAGACUUCCCCCUUAUCCUUAAACUGUGACCCCUAGUUCUGGAGUCCCUGCACAGUGCCAGACUUAGAACCAAGCUCAACAGGGUCAUCUUUCCCCACUGAUUCUGCAAAGCCCCGUUCCCUUGGCUGUAGUUACACUAGACAGUAGGGUCAGUGGGAAUCUCAUUCAUCCAUGCAUGCAUGUCAAUAAUUCGACAAUGAGGCAUUUGGCUAUUUUAGAAGUGAAGACAUCAGUAUCUUAAUAUGUCAUCAUGCAUCACACCCGAGUUUGGCUAUUUAUGCGCCCUGUGUGCAGAUGGAAUUCCCAAUUCCAAUUUACUUUACACCACCAACCGCGGGCUGGGUUCUCGGCCAGCCACUCUGGGCGUCUAACCGUCCACUCAGGACUGACCUGUGUCGAACCAACAAGCCGUUUCCAGCAGCUAAAUGCAUUACUAUCAUCCACUGUUUGUUUAAAAUGACUUGCAUCACUCUUACCCUCCCUGCUUGAACAGAAUAUAAGUCUGUAGUUUCUCAACUGAAAGGCACCUGCUCUUGCCUAGACGUGUAUAAAAUAUGCUCCAUUGGGCUAAGUUUGGCUUUGGUAGGAAACCCUCUCUUACUGGCUUGAAGACGUAGUCUAGUUUCCAUUUCCCUUUGGAUUUCAAGCACAAGUACUCCUGGCACAAAACUCUGACCAUGUAAGCUGAUGAUUCAUCUUGUUAACUGAACCGCCUAGCUUGUGACCUCAGUAGCCCCAGGGGUUUCCGUUGUGGGUCCGCAGUUUGGCAAGUCGGUUAGUAUGCAGCGCCAUUGGAAAAGACUGUGUGUAAGAUUGGAACAGGAAUGGGACACUAAGUGUCGCAUCCUAAUUUCAGAGGCCAGCUGCCCAGGUUGUUAAACAAACUGAUUCCAAAUGGGCUCUGAAAUAUCCAACUAGCACUGUUAUUACUGGCAGUGAAUGAUUUUAUGGGGACGGAUUACUUGGCUUGGAUCUGACUUUUUAUUUUGAUUGUAUAUUUGCUCAUUUCUAUAUUAAUAUUUUUCUUUUCAUGUUGGAAUUGCCCAUGUGUUUCCUGUAUGUUGUCAACAUCCACCUUACUGUAUAUUCUAUGCUCCAACACACUACAACACAUUAUAAAUACUUUUUUAGCAUUGAAACAAACAAUUUUUCUGAUCAAUUAGGACAGACGUAACUGCCAUUAGUGUCACCUGUACAUUCAAAUCAUCCGUUAUGCAUUCUAAAAAUCACAGUAUUAUCGGAAAGUUGUUGAAACUUUCCAGGAAUGUAUAGCAAGACGCAUGAAGGAAUCCAUUUUUUUUAAAACCGUGAAAACGUGAACAUGUCAAUGAGUUGGUUGAUCUGUUGCAUUGAUUCCAAGUGUUCCUUUUACUGAUGUAAUACAUAAUCACCUGUCACCCAUAAGACUUUGGCUCAAAUUUGUGUGUUACUACAGUCAGAUGUCAACAUAAAGUACUGUAUAAGACAAGCAGUUGUCAAGCCCUUACAAUUAAGCUCCUUUUUUACAAAUUGACAAAUAUCAGUCGUAGUGUUUUGUCAAAAUGUAGUUUGUAACUCUGUAGUCUGUGUACCUUUCGCUAUCAUGAGAAUCUGCUAAAGAAUAAACUUGUACUUAUUAAAUAUCA